UUUGUAAUUAAUUGCAAUACAAAUAUAUAAUAAAAAAAUUUUGAAAAAUAUUAGUGUGUUACGUUGCACACAAAUACCGUAAAGGUGACUUGCACGUACUUAAAAUAAAAAUUUAUAAAAUUUAUUAAAUGGAUUACUUGAACAAACUGGCUUUAACGCAUUAAGUUAGAGAAACUUUUAAACUAAAAAACUAAACUAAUACAAAUCCCACAUGCUGAGAUAUCGACUGGUUUCCACACAUUUCUUGAAGCAACCAUAGAUUAUCAACGUUAAACAAUGAUAUAAACGCGAACGAGUUAGAAAGAGUAAGUGUAAGAUUAGUUAACGCAUGUGCAAGAGCGAGAGAGCAAGCAAAAGAGUUAAGCAAUUCUAAAUAGAGCAAAAAGCAAGGCCUAUUGCGCACUUGUAUGCACCCAUUUUAAAGCUAAUUAUUAUAGGAUUUAAAAGCCUAAAACUCCACUACAAUUCCAGUGAGGGACUAAAUUAACCGAGCAGAAAAUUGAAGGCGUCGUAUAUCAAGAGAAACUAUAGUAGAGAAGAGUAUUGAGAGAAAUAUUAAAGGUUUUGCUAUAGUUUGACAUAUGCAAAUAUAUUUUUGAGCGCAUUAUUGUCAAAUCAAUAUUCUAUACAAUUCCUAACAAUAAAAUACGCCUACUCAAAUCGCUAAUCAAUCAUUUGCAUUGGAAACCACGUACCGGCAGGCAACGUAAUCUAUAGCAGUUCCAAUUUUGCGGCAUAGUGUAUCCUCACAAUAUACCACUUGUGGAUUUUAAUAAAAUAUAUCAAGCCAUUGGCGCUACGUGCAACAGUUUUGAUAUUUAUAUCAACGUUUUAUAUCUAUAAGAUAUAGAAAAUUAAUUAUUUCUUCGAACCGGCCUAAUAAUUUUGCCACAACGUAUUCGUUAAAAGUAUUUCGGUUAUUUGGCGUGAAUUUUAAUAAUUUAAACAGCGAAAAUGUGCAGAGAUCGCGAUAUGAUUUUGCCAUAGAUCAGCGUAAUCGUCAGUAUAAAGUCAAGAAAAAAAUUAAAUUGAAAUAAAGUUAAAAAUUGAGCCUAUAGUGGAACUAUAGCAAAAAACAACUAAUUUAAUUUUAGCAUAAAUACUUGACAGGAUAAACGAGUAACACGGCGCAGCAAGGGUAACAACUUCACCGUAGAUCUACUAUUCUCAAACCAACAUAUCUUUCAAUUACUGUUGACUAUUGUCUACUGUUGUCAACUUUACUAGAAGUUUCGAGAACAACGUGUUCCGAUUUAUGACUGUAAGCUACAAUACAGUGAUGUGACUUUUUAAUUAAAACUUCAAUUUUAUUGAAAUAGUCCUGGUUCAAUCUGUCAACUGCACUUUUGCCAUUUUAUUCCGAUAAAUAAAAGAGCUUUGAUUUCGAAAACCUUGUGAAGUUUGUAUUCGUGUGUAUAAAGAUAAGGAAGAAAGCACUACUGAACUAAACUAAAAAACUGAUUUUUGGAUUAUAUAAGCUUAACAAUUCAAUUGCAGUGAAAUCAUUUCGAACGAAUUAAGAAAAUUAUAAUAUUUUAUAAAAAAUUUCAUAAUUUAUUAUUUUUUUUUGUUCGAGACAAAUAGUGCAAUUGAGCAGUGUCUUCAAAAAAAAACGUCAAGAUUGAAGACUUAUUGAGAAACUUUUGGGAGUCUGUUAAGGCUUGCGUUUGCGGCAUGCGCCAUCCCAAUACUGGUCUAAGUGAAGGCGACUUGAGUCGUCUGACUGGUUCAUCUUCAUCAUCAGCAUCUUCAGUGAGUAGUAGUUCAUCAUCAUCAUCUUCAUCUGAGGAAAAUACGCCUGCACAUAAAGAUAGCAGCACAACGGAAAAAUUACAUCAUAAGCUUCAAGAACUUCACGAACAACAGCUUCAUCAAUCACAAACAAGUCCUGAAAAAAUAUCAACAGCACUUUCAACACAUAAUCUUAAUAAUAAUAACAAUAAGAAUUCACUUAACACACAACAGCAACAAAUUUUGACAUCAACACGUUUUAGUUCUACAUAUUUACCAGAAAUUAUUAAUCCAUCAGAAUGGCAAAAAUCGCGAAAGCGCAAGGAACGCCUUGACAGCACAUCCUCGGCAACACAGGAUCGCAAGUUACAGCGUUCAAACAGUGAGGAACUUCUACCACCAGACCUCAAUAAAUCCAUCGAUGCAGAUAAUAUUGAUAAAACUGCAGACGGUGAUGUUGGCAGAAAUUUAACUAUAAAAAAAUCGACUGACGUAAUACGUCGUGUGUCUUCAGAAGAUUUUAAAAAGUCGCCAUAUGUAGUACAAGAAAUUGAACCGAAAGAUAACAAAACAACACAAGAGAAUAGCAAAGUUGGCAAUGAAAAUGAUGCUUCACUGGCUAAUCGCCAGAAAAUUCAACAACAACAACAACAACAGCAACAACAAGGCAAUGAAGCACUACCACCAAACUAUACAGAUAAGUGGGGAGUUAGUGGUCCUACGAAGGAUAUGACACGCCGUUCACGGUAUGAGACUAGCCCAGCACGCUCACAUCGUCACUCACCCAUGCGCGCUACUAGUGGAAAUGGUAAUGGCAAUGGCAAUGGCAGUGCCAAUGGUAAACAUCGCGAUAGCGAUGAUAGCGAAUGUGAGCAUGAAAGACGUCGCAGUAGCGAACGUUUCUGCAAGACACGCGCACCACCCGGUCGCAAAGCAGCUGGUGUAACUAAGAAGAGUAGCGGCAUGACAGGAAACAAUGUCAUCAAAUAUAUGCCAGCAAAGAGAAACGAUGAGAAUGUUUACAAAUAUGAUCUCUCCGCCUUGAAAUACGAACGUCGCGGUUUUGUCAGCAAGAAAGUCAGUGCAAAUACUACACCAACAGCUGAAAAACCCAGUGGUAACGAUCACAAUGACAAUAACUUAAUUGAUUUCCACAAACACGCAAAGGCUAAUACGCCAAUUUCACCAACACCCUCUUCCACUGGUGGCAGUAGCGAUGAUAAUAGCAGUUGUACUGUUAUUCCAAGCACUAAGACGGUCACUGCUACUAAGCUACCAGUUUUUUCUGAACAAGAAGUAUUACCUUGGGAACGUUCAGUACCUGAUGAUCAAGCACCAGUAUUAAGCCGACGUUAUGCAGCUGUACAUCACUAUCCCCACAACGCAGACAACAUUGAUACAGCAGCUACAUUGGCAAAGGUAAUGCCUUAUCCACAGCAACACAAGCAACAGAGUGCCGCACACCUCUAUGCAGGCGAUAUGGAUGAUAUGGAACCGAUUGAUACUUUUCGAGCUUUCACUUCGUUGGGAAAUGUGCGUACACGCGAUGUCAUCCAACAGGUAUUGCCGGUUAUGAGAGCUUUUCAAUCACCUGAAGAACGUCUUAAGCAAAUCAAUAAACGUAUGACUGCACUUAAAAAGAAAUUAACACAAUUAGAGGAAGCUUUUGAGGCACGCUCGGGUUAUAGACCUUCGCAGGCGGAACGUCUUAAUGACAAGUAUAUGAAAAACAUUUUAGCUGAGCUGAGUAAAUUGCGCAAAGAGAGGCAAGAGCUGAAGAACGAUGCAGCUAGUUGUGCGCUGGGCUUGAAAGUAAGCGGUGGCAUGGAUGCUACCAAAAAGUUGGAGAAAAUGAAAUUGACGCUACAAGAAAUUGAACAGAAUCUUAGUGAUAAACAACAUGAUGCUAAUCGCUCCAACGUACUUGACGAACUAACACCAGAUCAAUUAUUAGCUGAAAAAUCGGCUGUACAGCAUGGCCUACUCUAUUUUGAAUCCCUAUACGGGCGCCCUAAUUCCAAAGACGAACGUGAUGUUGCGCGAGCCAUAUACGAUCGCUAUCGUCAAAUAAAACGUAUGGUUUCACGCAGUGUUAUGCUGUCGGGUUGCUCAAGUGGUGGCGUACAUGAGCUACCCACUAUAUUGGAGCAUGAAGCUAUGGUCUUUGAAUCAACAAUAUCUCAACAGUAUUCUUCAAACAACAGCACUGAAACAACUAACUCACCCAGCGAUUCGGCAGCACCAACUACAGCUGCCUCUUCCGACGACUCAACAACCACCACCACCUCUACCCAACAAACUGCAGCCGCAGACGCCAAUGAAAAUAUUGGUCAACUAAGCAUUGAUCAACUGUGGGAACAUUUGGAGAAGGCACGCGAAGACAAGAAGAUGCUUAAACGCACCAUACGAGAUUACGAGACAGUAUUUGAAGAGCAAAAUGGUCGUAAAAUGCUAAAAAAUGAUCGCCGUAACAUCGAAGAAACUUAUGCACAGUAUAAAGAGAAGAAAGCCAAAACACGCCUACUACAGGCGCUAAUUAAAAAGCAACUCACUCAUUGAAAAUGCAUAAAAACAACGAGUAGAAAGAAGUACAAUGUUAGACGAUGGCAUAUUGCUACUGUGUUUUCUCCAUUAAGCUUUUGUAUGUAUUUAUGAGUAUAAAUACUAAAGCUUUGGCAGUUUGUGUCUAUACGAAGAAAGGCUUUUUGUAAAAUACUUUUUGGCAUAAGCUCACACUGAUAGUCUAAAGUAUUACAAGCGAAUAACUGCAACAUAAAGUUUUAUACCAGUUUGAAAGUUCCGCUGGAAAGCUUUUGAUUCUGAACUUUUAUUAAAAGUUUUAUGAAUGAAUUUUGUCUUCACUUC